CCCGCUUGACUACAAAACAUGGCAUGACACAUAUAUCUCGAAAUAGGUAUAAACAUGGAAUGGAAUGCAUAUGCAGGUCAAAUCAGCUCUGCUGAAGUUCAUUAAACUUGUGACUAAUAAAAUAAACUAUAUGAAUAAAAAUACUCAUUGCAAAAGAGAAAAACUACAUCUUAUCAAAGGAAUUGGAAAAUGUGAAGUCUAGAGGAUACAAACAUGGAUACGACAAGGACACAGAGGGGAUUUCAGGCAGAGGGGAUUUUCAGAAUUAAUGCAGACAAUACUCAAGAGGAGAAUGGUAGGGAUCAAUUGAACAGGGGAUUGGUAUAAUAUAAAAAAGAAACAUGGUACAUGUUUGGAAAUACCCUGAUAUCUGCUUGGUUUAGGGAACUGCCUACUGGUGUUCUGGAUUCUUUAUCACCAGAGCAUGUAAUGCAGUGCCAAACUGAAGAUGAUUGUGCAGAACUGGUUAGGCAGCUACCUCACACUGAAGCAUCCCUCUUGGACUGGGCUAUUAAUCUGAUGGCUGAUGUUGUCCAAGAGGAACGCCUGAAUAAGAUGAAUGCACGCAACAUUGCAAUGGUUUUUGCACCAAACAUGACUCAUAUGGCAGACCCUUUGACUGCAUUGAUGUAUGCAGUUCAAGUGAUGAACUUCCUGAAGACACUUGUAUUAAGGACACUGCGAGAGAGAAAGGAUUGUGUGGUAGAAUCGUCUCCUGGGUUUUGCUUAGAGCCUUCUGAUGAGAAUGGGGAUCACAGUCUUCUGGAGCCCUGCCAGCAAGAUGAUGUUGGCACUGAAAAUGAAGAGUCUGGAGAAACCUUUGUUUCUGAGAAAAAUGUAUCAGAAUGUUCUCCUGAAUCUCUCCAAAACAAAUAUUCAACUAUAGGAGAAUGUGGCAGUUUGAUAGGCUCUUCUGAGAAUCUGGAAUUUGAGGAGGAAUUGCUUUGUGAGUUUCCAACCAAAGGAAACCUUGAAAAGAGUAAGAGUGGACAAUCAAGUGAUUCCAUUGCUAAAAGGGGGUCCAGAAAAACCAGGGGCCUGCAACAACCUGUGAUCCAUGCAACAGUGUCUGCAGAGAAAAAAGGUAUCAGUAAUCUGAGUCGCAUAGAUUCAAGAUCAGAGCGAAUAGAAGCCUGGCGGUGAAAGGAUUAUCCCUGUGAUUGAAUGUAGUUUGAUUCUGACAUUGUGCAUUGUAAUUGAAGUUUGUUUCAUGUACAAGUUUGUGAAGUGGUUCAAGUUUUAUUUCCUCUGUUUGUUUACUUGGUGGAUUCUAGAAUCUCACUGACAUUGU